CCCAUUAGUAAACAAGGAGGCUGGCGACCGGCAAAUGUUGUCCUGGAAAUUCUCUUACAACCUCAUAUGUGAUGAUCCGCUUUCCAAUGCCAAAGUUCAUUAGGCGUAUAGUUCGCCGGCACACAAAUCAGAUUCCUGAAGUGCGUGCUUUGUCUAUGAGGAGGAAACUUUCAUAUGGGUAUGCAUUUAUAGCAUGGAACUUAUUUGGAUUAGUUGGUUAUUUGGUUUAUACAGGACGCAUUAAGAAAACAGACAGUGACUUGUCUCAAGCUCGAGAGUUUGCAAAGCUGUUGAAGAAGGAGAAUGUUGUGAUGUAUCGUAUUGAGGGAUUAACUCCUGUUGGACGUUUUGAUUUGGAUGAAGAAUUCCGAAAAGCAGAAGAAAACAAGGCUUUAGCAGAGAACCACGAGGACAGCAAGGAAUUUAAAAGUGAUGAGGAGCAGUCUGAUGAAUUUACAUUUGAAGAAGAGCUACGUCCGUGA